AUGAUUUUCGCGUUUCCAGCAUAGAUUGUAAAAUAUUUUACAUUUAGGGAAUGAUAAAAAAUAUUAAGAUUUUUUUAAGUCGCAAAUGAAAUUAAAACAUAUCGAAAUAUAACGAGAGUGAAUGAUUUUCUGUGCAUUGUUUGGAUUCGGCCAUUUUGAAGUGGGGAAGGUAAGGGAGAAGUCGUACAAUUGUUGCCAUUCUUAACGUGAAUACUGCAGUGUCUAUUGAUUGAUUGCCGAUUUAACGAAUAAUUAUUAGUAAAAAAUCAUUACAUUUAAUAGAGAUAAUAAUUCUGUAAAAAAAUAGAAAAGAAAAUUCCCUGGUGCGUAUCCCUUUGUCAGCCAUGUGCAUAAGUACAUCGUUUAAAAUGUCCUCGCAACCCGUAGUGAACAGCCAAUAAGGAGAGGGCGGUAAAGCCACGUGACUGCGGCCGGCCAAUCGUCAGGACGAGAUUUGAAAUCGUGCGUGGUCUUUGUUCACGAGCCUCCCGUCAACGUUACUUCAGUUCCGUAAAGGGGGUCUUGUGUCGGUGUCCGUUUAUACAUGGUCGCUGCCAAAAAUCGCAUAAUUCUCUUGUAAAUAUAUGUGUGAAAGUGGUGCUUGCCCGCGAGGACGACGUGCUUUAAGGAUUGUCAAACACACGUCAGGUGAAUGUUGGAUACGGAGAGUAGACACGGUACUGGGCUGGUUCAGGGACCGACGAGGGACCCUUGGCUCACGAUGGAUUACUAUCUCGGCACGGACAGUCUAUCCUUGCAAGAGAUGCUCGAUGUUGACAUCAAAUGCGAGAUCGAAGGUGUUAUCGGUGGGCAUACAGAGCUAGGCUUCAAUUUUACCGACAUGUCCGGCUUAGAAAUGGACGACGAUCCCAUUGGAUGCCAGAACGACCUCAGUGGAUGGUUUGGUUCCACCAGUUUGCUCAAUGGCAACAGCAACAGUUCGAACAGUAAUUUUAAUCUUGAUCUCAGCGGAGGCGAUGCGGCCUCCAUUAUGGUGAAUCCCAACUCGGUAAUGCCUCACAUAGCAAUUCGAAGUCCCACCCCAAACAACGGCCGAAGACACUUUUCGUUUUCGUCGAAAAAGGAUACAAGAGAGAAGAUCGAUGUAGAGGAGGAGACGGAGAACGAGGGCAGCAGUUAUACAGAAAACGAGAACGAAAAUGAGAAUGAAAAUGAGAAUGAGAACGAGAACGACAACGAGAACGAGCAGGAAAAUGAGAUUGAGAACGACACCGAGACGGAAGAGCAAUACGAGAAUGAUAUCACGGAAACGGAAGAGGAUUCCGAGGAUGAGCAGGAGAUCUCAAAGUCGGUGACACCGUCCAAGUCGAAAACGAUCGCGAUAUCCGUCGCUAGAACGACCUCUCCACAAUACCCAAAGGCACAAUCCACACCAAAAAUGAACGGCAUGGCAGGUAUCAGGAUUCAGAACUUCAAGGUGUUACAGAGUCCCAACCAGACACAUCAGCACGUGCGUAAGCAGAUCUAUAACAAUAACGUGCACAUCAACAAUUCAGGAGCUACCUCUGUCUCGACGGUGAAAAGAGAAAAGGAAUUCGAUCUAUCAGACUACGACGACAAACCCUACCCUAAACCAGCUUACUCUUAUUCGUGCCUGAUAGCGAUGGCGUUAAAAAAUAGCCAGACGGGUUCUUUGCCAGUUUCAGAGAUCUACAAUUUUAUGUGCGAGCAUUUUCCGUACUUCAAAACUGCGCCCAACGGCUGGAAGAACUCAGUUAGGCACAAUUUAUCGUUGAACAAAUGUUUCGAAAAAAUUGAAAAACCUGCCGGAAAUGGAAACCAGAGAAAAGGUUGCUUGUGGGCUAUCAAUCCGGCCAAAGUAGCAAAAAUGGAUGAGGAAGUACAGAAAUGGUCUAGAAAAGAUCCUUUAGCUAUCAAAAAAGCAAUGAUAUAUCCAGACCAUUUGGAACUACUCGAAAGGGGUGAAAUGAAAUACGCAGGCAGCGGUGACGUAUCUGAAGAAACGGAAAGUUCAGGUGACGAAGCAGUCGAAGAAAACACGACGUACGAGGAAUCUAUUCACGGUCAUAUAGCUGCAAACUCGGUAACAGAUAGUUACGAUGAGAGCAGCCAAGAUUGUGAUGUAGAUAUUCAGGAGCAUCUUUAUGACGAAAUUGACAUCGAGGACAAUAAGGACGCUUUACAUAUGCAUUUAAAUAUUUCAAAGCAAGAACCGUUCGAGUAUGAGCUUAGUUCCGGUACGAAAAGGCAAAAGACAUUAACCGGUGCGAUACAAGGGAAUUACGUGUAUCAACCUGUAACUACUUCGCGAAGAAAAACACCUCUUUUUUUACGAGCCGGAACGGGAAGCAGUUCAUUUCUUAAAAUUGAUUAAGUUUAAGUUCAUCGUCGAAUUAUAAAUUACUAAUUUUAUGUGUAUCCAUCUAUCUAUCUAUAUAUACAUGUAUAUAUACACACAUAUAUAGUAUAUAUUAAUGUAUGUAUAUACAUAUACAUAUAAGUAGGUAAAUCGACAAGUACAACGCUUUAGGAAAAUAUUUGAUACGCAAGAAACAUUCCACUUCCAAACAACGUAAUUUAUUCUCUUUUUUCUUUACAUUCAUUUUCUUAAUGCGAUCAAUAAUCCUGCUAUUCUAUGCUACACAACAAAUUUUCAUUUACUAUAAAUUUGUAAGUAAAUGAAAAUAGAUUCCAACAGAAUAUUAGGAUUAUGCAAAGGACUUUUGUAUUAUAAUAAUGACUACUAAGAGAAUUAUCUGGAAGCUCUAUGAUCUAAAGAAUUGAUUAUAUAAGUCAUACUUUUUCUAUUUUUCUACAAAUACUCGACUGCUAUAUAAUUAUGCAAUAAUUGCAAUUGAAAUUUUUCACGCAAGAAUUCUUCGUUUCCAGAUAAUUCUCUAGUUUGGUGAUACGCGAGUCCUUUGACUCGCAGAAAUUCGUAGAAAAUAUAUAUGACCGGUAAAUAUAUACGAGUUAAAUUCAUUUUAUUUCUAUCUUUUUAUUACAUUUGUACAAUUUUAGAUGAAAAAUUAAUGAUAUUGUGCUGAUUUCUCAUACAAUUCCCAUGUAAUCGUAUAUUCAUCUAUAUACUUGAUUUAUUUUAUGUAAUUCCAUCUAAUUUGAUAACGUUUUGUUCUUUGACUUGGACGAAUCAUCUGAACAGAAGGAAUAUUUUUGUAUCAAAUAUUUUCUGUUGGCGGUCGUCGGCUAUUUGACGAAUGUUAGAUUCAUCACAACCGUAAAUGUUGGUCCACAUUAUCUAAAUUUUUUUCUUUUUUCAAUUAACGUGUAAAAUAGAUACGACAAAUAUACAUUUAGCUUUCUUUAGAAGGCAAUUUUUUUAUAUAUGAUCAAUUCGCGUAGUCAUGACUGUUGCGAAACAAACAGAGACAAAGAUAAAGAGGAAGUAAGAAGAAAAAAUAUUCAUAAAGCGUUAGCUAACAAUAUAGAUCGAUAAGUAUUUGGUCAAUGAGUGGCCAGACUGAUGUAUUAUACUUUUUUAUACAUUGCUGGACUAAGUAAUUAUUGUAAAUUUUUACGCGAUUCUAUACCUGACAAAUAUGAAGUUACUUAGAUUCGCAUAACCAGGUAGAGUACAAAGGUGAGACAGCUAUAGGAGGAUCUGAAUUUGUAAAAGUUUGUAGAAUAUGUAGAAACACUUGGGAAUCAUAUACCUGAUUCAGUAUCUUAAGUUCCCGAUAAAAUCUCGUGUUUUUUCUUCUUUCAUUUCGUUCAUUGCUUCUUUAAUAUUUUUCUUAUUUAAGUAUAGCAUUGAAACGUUCCUUGAUAUUCAAUUUUAGGCCAGUGGAACUAGGUAACUUUCACGUCGAGCAUGUAAUUAUUUCUUUUAAGCAAUGACUAUAUGUAUAUUUUUUAGUCAUUCGUUUCGAGAGUAAAAGAAAAACGGAUCUACUUAAAUCUGCUCAUUUUUUCUUUCAUUGUACAAUUUAAGAUGCGAAACGUCUCAAUAUUGUUUUAAGUAUUGUGCGCAAAAAUCUGAAACUCGCUAUGAAAACACAUCGGAGAAAGUAAAAAGAGUGAAAUACAACGUAUAUCUAAAACGAUGUUUUUUCACACUUAAGGACAACCUGCAAAAUGUAAUCAGCAAAUUAUCUUGUUCCCAAUCAAAUUUGAACGUAGCUGAACGAAAUUAGUAAACCAAUUCGAAGUAUAUUUUCAUUCUUUUUUAUGUUUAUCUCAGGUGUGUUUCGCAAUGCAGAAAUUUGUUUUUAUAUUCUUACGCAUUUGUAAAAAAAGCAACGCAAAAGCAAGUAGUAAAGUUGGAAAAUCUGAUUUAUAAGUCUUAUAUUGGAAUGUUCGAAGUAGAUUCAAUCGAAACUUGUAAAUAACGGCGAGCAUCGUCUUUUUACAAACUAGUUUUACACAAUUACAGUAGCUUUGUCUUGCAAAGACGUUGUAGGAUAUUGCUUUAAGGUGUACAAAGGCUACUUUUUUUCUAUAAAAUAAAAAAGAAGAAAAAAGAAAACGAAAAAAGAUUCGAGAUAUGGGACCAAUCAUAUUUAGAGUUUAUCUAAGUUUAUAUUUAACUUGUACGCAUUAUUUUUUCUGUUGACUGUUUGUGAAGAUUUUGUUGAACACACAUAUUUUUGUACAGUCGUUGUAAAUACUUUCAUUUCUAAUGUACGAUCAAUAAAUUUCGACCGUACUACGUGAUUUAGAAAGACAAACAUUUUACGUAAAAAGGGGAUAACCAUUAUGUCGAAGUUUUUUAAUAAAAAAUGAGCGUAGAGAUUAAUAUUAGAAUAUUUAAUGGAAAUUAUUUUCUUUCUUCAUGGACUUGAUACUUCAAGUAAAAAAAAAACGUGUAGAAUUAUGUAUUUCGUCAUUUUAAUUGAUCGAUCAACUUUAGCAUCUAUUAACUUAACGCACUGUCUGAUCUCGACAAACGGGUAAAUGUCACUCUUUAAAAAUAAAAUCUUACAUUAGAUAUUAUUUUUGGCUCGUGUACACCUUGAAGAAUGCCAUAAUAAUAAUGGAUGUAUUUUUUUAAUGCAUUUUCAGCGGUAGGUGCUGCGAGAAUCGAAUAAUAAAUACAAGUGUGCAUAAGUCACUUUUUUAGGCUCUUUGUAAUUAAAAAACUUUGUACGAAUAGUGUAGCCGCCUUCGAAUUACUGAAUCCGCAUCUGAAAAACUUAGUAUUAUCGAAAAAGUAUUCUCAUUGAUAGUAAGCUAUAAGCUGAUAUACAGUGGCUCAUGGAAGUAUUCGUACAGUUGUCGAUAUCUUUUAUGAAAAUAUUACGUCUAUUAUGGGAAGUACUUUUAAAUCUUGCUAGUACUGUCAUGAUAUUUGACUAUCAUUAUCAUAUUGAUCAAAUUUGUAACUAUUCUGAAAAAAUAUAUAGAAGUUACAAGACAUUCAGUGCAAGUUUAUACAUAUCUUGAUCAAAAAGAUAUUUAAACAGGCAAUCAUCCAAAAGAUUAACGAAUUCUUAGUAUUCAAUAGAACUAUUUUAAACACUGAUUAUAUGCUUAGAGCGACUAUUCAUACUGUACCAAUUUUCUACUAAAUAUAAGUUUGCAGUAAAUAUGUUGUAACUUGUAUAUGUAUAUUUUUAAAUUGGAUUCAAAUUGCCAUAUAUAAUCUUGGCAAUUGUGUCUCAUUAUAGUGUUAAUGAAAUAUUUAAAUAUUUCAUAUAGCACGUACAAUAUGUAUAUGACAGUUUUCUAUGAUAAGUACACGAAUACUUUUGCGGGUCACUAUAUUACGUUUGAAUCUUUUUAUAUAACGAGAACGUUCAACUUCUUUUCGAAUUAAACAUGCAGGAUUUCUGUUGUUCGUAUCAAUCGAAAUUCCAAACUUUUUAAAUAAGGACAUUUCAAAUUAGGUUGUAAGUUUUCAUUUAUUCUUUAGUCAAUUGUCAGUGUAAGCGUAAAGUCUCUUUAGCACUGACAAAAAUACGCCGUUAUACAUUACGGAGAAAGAUGAGCAAACGGUGCCCUUGUACAGUUUCAGGUACCUAAAAUUCUACUAAUGUAUCAUUUUAUAAGUCCUAAUAUAUAAAAAUACAGUCAUUUGAUGAUGCCUCGAAAUGCAUUUAAUACAUUCCAUCUUGUUUUAGAAGUAAGUUAUAGUAUAUGUAAUUAGAAAUAUUUAUCAUGGAAUAUUUGCAUCAUUUUAUCUUAAUUCGUCGCGUUUUAUUGUUAUUAAUUAACAAUUUGAGCAAUAUUUUUCUUUUACAUACCGUAUAAGUAUCGACUUUCCUUUAUAAAAUAACGUUUGAAUUCUUGCAUUUCAUGCAUUCAUUUCGAAACUAUAAUCAUUUAAAGUCAGAAACUUCCAAUUCGCGUUUAAUGUAUCAUCACCGUCAUCUACAUUUUUCAUAAUUUCUCAUUAUAUUUAUCAUAAAUGAUUGUACUUUUAUGACACCUUUGGACUUAUAGAGUGAUGCCUUAGUAGAAUUUCAAAUGCCAGAAGGAGUCUAGACGUACUUUUUGAUCAUGCUCCUUAGUACUUGCAGCGUGCAAAUCAUACUUCUACCCGUUUUUGAUUGUGAAAGAUAAUUUUUGUCGAAAUUUUUACUCUACUGCCCCUCCACCCUCUGUAAUCAAUGGCUAAUGCGAAAUGAAAAAUUACACUGCCAACUAGUGGUUAGAGCAUUGCAAAAUCUUUACCAUUGUUUCAUAGAUCUCUCCGCACCAUUGAUGAUAUUUAUAUAUGAUAAACUAGAGGUAUGAUUGAAGUAUCAAGUUUUUUUAUAUAUAACGUGAAAGUAUUGUAAUUCACCAGUUGAGUAACAAAUUCAUCAAGUUAAUCAAGUACUUUACUUUUAUAAUAACAUAUUCAUUAGAUAAAGGAGAUAAAUAAAAGAAAGUCACUUUAAGCAGCUGGGAAAUAAUAAACCAAUUUUUUAAAUUAAGUAACGAGAUGAAUAUGUUGUACAUAAAUACAAAUAGCGCUUAUUGUGAUGAAUAUGUAUACCAAUCCGAUUAAUUAGCUGAAAAAUUACUUGUGCAGAACCUGCAUUCCAUUCGAAGAAACUAUUAACCCUUUAUUUUUUGUAAAAAAGAGUAGGAAAAGAUUUGGAAGAUUUCUUCUUAUUUUUUUAUAUAACAAAUCAUUAAAGUAAAACAUAUGACAAGAUCAUUCAAUUUCAACAUUAUUCCAUCGAUAAAAUGUUAAAGUCUAGUGAAUGAUUAUAUUUAUAAUUCAUAAUUAAAAAAAAAUAAAAAAAGUAAGAAAACGUACAAUAAAGAAGUAGUGUAGCUUUUGUACCUGUUUGUAAUAUUUCUAUACGAUAUUAUUAGUGUAUGUAACAUCCGUGUAGAUGCAGCAAAGUAAUUUGUAACAAUAAUGUAUAUGUGCAAUGAGAAGUUUCAAUAAUAAAACGUUGAGAAAUGUA